AAUUAAUCUGAUAUGUAACUGUCUCUGUGUGUGUACAUGUGUAUAUAUAUGUCACCUCUGUGACAACCUUUCAAGGCCAAACCCACAAAACAUUCUUAAGUUUUAGAAAGCAUCUAGUUAUGGAAGGCAAAGACGAGAGAAGAACUGAUAAUAAUAAGGAGGAUGUCCCCAAGUAUAGAGGAGUUAAAGCCAUGCCAUUCAUAAUUGGGAAUGAGACCUUUGAGAAGCUGGGGACGAUGGGCACUGUAUCAAACCUGAUAGUGUAUCUCACUACUGUUUUUAACAUGAAGAGCAUAACAGCCACCACUGUUAUUAAUGUGUUCACCGGAACUGUGAAUGCUGUCCCAUUAAUUGGUGCUUUCGUCUCUGAUACCUACUUGGGACGAUACAAGACUCUUGCCUUUGCCUCUAUCUGCUCUUUUAUGGGAAUGAUAGUGUUAACACUCACCGCGGGAAUCUCCAAACUGCAUCCUCCAAGAUGCACAAAAAAUGAGAUUGGCAGAUGUGUUGGAGUUGGAGCCACUGGUGGUCAGUUGGCUUUAUUAUUUUGUGGGUUAGGAUUUCUUGUUCUUGGAGCUGGAGGUAUCCGCCCCUGUAACCUUGCCUUUGGAGCUGACCAGUUCAAUCCAAAUACUGAAUCUGGCAAGCGAGGCAUCAAUAGCUUCUUCAAUUGGUACUAUUGCACCUACACGUUUGGUAUGAUGAUUUCUACAACGUUCAUUGUGUAUGUGCAGUCAAACGUGAAUUGGACUCUCGGCUUAGCCAUUCCUGCAGGUCUAAUGUUCAUGUCUUGUGCACUUUUCUUCUUUGGUACAAAACUUUAUGUCAUUGUGAAACCUGAGGGGAGUGCUAUACUCAGUGUGGUACAAGUACUAGUUGCUGCUGCUAAAAAGCAAAAGUUAAGACAGCCUAGCUACCCUGCUCUUAGUCUUUUCAAUUAUAUGCCAGCCAAUUCUAUCAACUCCAAGCUUCCGUAUACAAAUCAAUUCAGGUGGCUUGACAAGGCUGCAAUUGUCACUGAUGAAGAUCAAUUCAAUUCUGAUGGUUCUGCUGCCAACCCAUGGAAACUUUGCAGUAUUCAACAAGUAGAAGAAGCAAAAUGUGUCUUAAGAGUUAUCCCAAUAUGGGCAACAGGCAUCAUUUACUAUGUUCCAGUAGUUCAGCAAAACACCUACGCUGUUUUGCAAUCACUUCAGGCAGACAGAAGAAUUGGCAAUAAUGGCUUUGAGAUUCCUGCAGCUUCAAUUAUAGUCUUUGCCAUGUUAACUCUUACCAUAUUUAUUCCCAUCUAUGAUCGAAUUAUUGUUCCAUCUCUUCGAAAGAUCACUGGCAAAGAAGGUGGAAUCACAAUUCUCCAAAGAAUGGGAAUUGGACUCAUUUUCUCAAUUCUCACCAUGAUUGUUUCUGGUUUGAUUGAGGAGCGAAGAAGGCGCUUGGCUAUUACAGGAUCAACAGGAAUUUCACCCAAAGGAGGGGUUAUAUCAUCUAUGUCAGCCUUAUGGCUAAUCCCUCAAUUAGCACUUGCAGGAUUAACAGAGGCUCUUAAUUCAGUAGGGCAGACUGAGUUCUACUACAAGCAAUUCCCUGAAAAUAUGAGAAGCAUAGCGGGUUCUUUCUUUUAUCUCGGGUUGGCAGGUUCAUUUUAUCUAAGUAGCAUACUUGUUUCAAUUGUCCACCAUGUUACAGCAGGAUCUGAUGGCAGGAACUGGUUAGCUGAGGAUCUAAACAAAGCCAGACUGGAUUUGUUCUAUUACAUGAUUGCUGUUUUAGGUGCUCUGAACUUCGGCUGCUUCUUGGUGUUUGCCAAGUUCUAUAGAUAUAAAGGUAAGAAUGCAAGUGAGGUUGUGGAUGGAUGCGGAGAAGAGGUCUGAUCAGAAAUAUUUUUUAUAGUAUAAAGGGGAUUAAUUAUAAUUUCCAUUCAGGGUCAUGUUUCCUUAAAUUGUUUAGCAUGCAACUAGAAAGCAUUAUGAAUAAAUUUGCGCAUGUUCAUGUUGUGGUUCGACAUCAAUAAUUAAUACAGUAUUCUUUCCUAGUUUGA